AUGGCAGCCUUUGUCGACUCUGGAGCAGAAAAGCCAUACUGGGUUUUAACUCUCGACGAUUCCGCCGAUCCGACGGUCAGCAGCGCGCGGUCCAGCGGGGGGGAGGAGGCGCGGGGGAAGAUCCUGCGGGCGUUUGAGGGAUGGGAUGUGGUGGAGCAGGUGGUCAAGGCUACUCCCCCCGAUCUCAUUCUCGAGCGCCGCGUGCUCGACCUCCCGCCCCUGCCGUUCUGGGUCCACGAGAGCACCGCUCUUCUCGGAGAUGCGGCGCAUGCAGUGACGCCAGGGCAGGGCGCUAAUAUGGUGUUUGAGGAUGCGGCGCAGCUGGUGGAGUGCCUUCGGGUACACUCGCAUGCCAGGUGGGUUCUCAGGUGGCUUGUCAGGUGGCUUGUCAGGUUGGUUGCCAGGUGGCUUGUCAGGUGGGUGCUAUCGCAUGCCGGGUGGGUGUAA